AUGCUGUCACUUGCUCUAACUCUCCUAAUUUUCCCCAUGAGAAUUCUGGCCGAAGCGAUUUCGAAUCGCACAGAAAUUCCUGGCGGAGCCGGAGCCACUAACAGAAAUUUCACAGGAAUUCUGAGCGUCAAACACUGUCCGCGUGCUGAUGACGCGAUUUCGUCGUGUAGUAGACCAGGUGAGAAAUUUUGCUAAAAAUUUGUCUGAAAAUCUAAAAAUUUGUCUGAAAAUUUGGAUCAAGACUGAAAUUUUAUUCUGAGAAUCAUGAAGGUACAGAUUUCCAGCCAUUUUCAGCAAUUUCCUGAUUUUCAGCACAAAAUUAGGGUCUAGAAACCCGUACUGUAGAAAAUUGUGCCAAAGAUUCCGAAAAAAUAGAUCAAAUAGGACUACUGUAGAAAAGGACCUUUCUAGACUGAAAUUUUUUGCUGAAAAUCAUGGAAAUACUAAUUUUCAGUCAUUUUCAGCAAUUUCCUGAUUUUCAGCACAAAAUUUGGGUCUAGAAACCUGUCAAAAACUACUGUAGAAAAUUGUGCCAAAGAUUCCGAAAAAAUAGAUCAACUAAGACUACUGUAGAAAAGGAACUUUCUAGACUGAAAUUUUGCGCUGAAAAUCAUGGAAAUAUGUAUUUCCAGGCAUUUUCAGCACAAAAUUCGGGUCUAGAAAACCGGCAAAAAGUUACUGUGGAAAAUUGUGCCAAGAAUUCCGAAAAAUUGGAUCAAAUAGAAUUCUCAGAAAAAUUUUUAGCUCAAAAAAUUUCAGAGAAAUUUGUCUGAAAAUCUGAAACUCAUUAAAAUUCCAGAGACAUUCAUGAUUUUUUGCAUAAUUUUUCCGGAGAAAAAAAAAUUUUCCAAAAUUUUUUUUUUCAGACACAAAUUUCGUCUACCACGAAUGUUGUGGUGAUAUGAAUAUGGUGUGUUGUCAAUAUUAUCAAGUGAGUUAGGCUAAGUUCUUUUUGCCACGUGGCAAAAAAAAACCCUACAGUACCCAUCUGCCACGUGUCAUUUUCCAGAGUUGGGUCAUCUCCUCCCUCUCCUGUCUAGCUGUUUUGCUCUCAAUUUUCUUCUUGUACUGCCUGGUGAAAUGUUGCUGCGGCUACAGUAAGCUACAGUACCCUGGCUACAGUAACCCAAAAAUUUCCAAUUUUCAGAAAACAAAAGUCAACAAAGCUAUCAUUUCGAGAGUGCUUAG